AAUCACUGCAUGGACAAAGCUAGCAGCACGACAGAUCUUCCUCUAUUCCUGAAAACAAGAUCGAUAAAAUAUGAACACGGCAAAAAUAUUGCAGCAAUAUAUUUUGAUCAAGCCCAAUACAUUUCAUAAUGAUGGGCAUUCGCAGGCGCUGCGGUCUCUUGAAAAUUCACCGCACAUCUUGUCGGAGUCGGGCCAAUAUGUAACUAGAAACAUCAUCAGUUGUCAGGCCGAUUCCUCUACGUCAUGCCUCAAACGCACCAAGGUCUCCACUAUGUCGCGCCGAAACGCAAGAGAACGAAGGCGCGUGAAAAUGAUCAACCUUGGAUACGAAACUCUAAGAGACCAUGUUCCUGCAGGGAUCGAGAACAAGAAACUCAGCAAGGUGGACACUCUACGGUCAGCAGUGGACUACAUAAAACAGUUACAGCAACUACUUGAAGUGACCAGCGCCGACGGAAAUAGCAGCAGCAGCAAUAACGGACAGAAUUCUCAAUGUGAUACAAUCAAACAGGAAUGCCCAUCCCCAGUGACAAGCAGUAACUGUAACAGUCAAGUGUCCAGUACGGUCACGAGUCCCUCGGACAGUGUCCACUCGCUAAAAAUGGAAACAUCAUCUUCCUCCGGACAAUCUCUGCAUCUGCAGCCAGACAACAGCAGCGUGCUAAGAGAAGAGAACGUGUUCAUAGACAUUGCAGAAUGGCUUUGCAGAACGUCAAGUGGUUACCCUAACAUAGGAAUCGGAUUUGAAGGACUGGAAACGUGACACAGUGUCUGAGCUGAAAGUCUGGACGAGACCGUUUCUGUUUUCGGAAAACCACGGACAAACAUUUCAUCGAAUCAAGUUGUUACGACGAAAACACUGUUAUUUAUGGAUGGUUAUUUUGAGACUUAUUUUUGAGAAAGUUUAUUCAGCAUUAUAUAUAUUUUUUAUAUAUAAACUCAGGGAAAAGAGCCCGUUGACCUCCGACACCUCGGAUCAAAUCUGUCUCUCACACGUGGUAAACAAAACUGAAAGACGACAUGCUUCCAAUCAAAAUUAUUAUGUUUAUUGACUUUUACGGACAUGGUUUGGACCAGUGUGUUUUGCCAAAAACAUGAAUUGUUGAAGAAUUAUUUAUAUUUUAUAUAUAACGUAUGUAUUGAUUAACGGAACACCCAAAGUGUGCCUUUCUGAUAUAUACUUGUAUGUUUCUGUGCUUUAACUGUUAAUUAAAGACGUCUAU